GUUUUCCGUUCAUUGUUGCCGAUCCCGUUCUCGUUUUCGUUCCCGUUUCGUCGACCAUCUCCUGCGAAACAAACGUCUUUAAUGUAUUUAAUUUUCUUUUCACUUGUAAAAUAACAUUUUGGUUUUCAAAAUUCAGGACAUAUUAAUAAUAUUUAAGCAUGUCUGAGCAAUGCGGAAGAGGUCGAGCGCGAGGCCGGGCUGGGAGAGGUGGCGAUGGUGCCACCCAGCAACCACGGCGUCCUGGCGAACAACAACGAGGCCCGCCACAACAGCAAGCAGCGCGUCCGGGUCCCCGCCCACAACCGCCAUCUGCUUGGGGGCCGCCGACAGUGGCACCUCCUGUUAGGGCUGGCGUGCCUGUACCAACGGUUUCAAUAGGUCGCGCGUCUCAUCGUGAUACUCCAACAACUCAUGAACAUCCAGGCGAUGUAGAUAUUCAGCAGCGUCUGCAGAAUAUUAAUAUAAAUCAGCCACCUGCGGCUGCGGGAGACGCUCCGUCAGCAGGCAGUCGAGGGUCUCGUCGGGGCGGCGGUCGCAUUUUGCCAGAGCAACCUACUGUGCUGCGAACAAAGCCCACUAAUGUUACAUCUAAAAAAGGAAGCUAUGGUCAUCCUCUUGACUUAAUGGUUAAUUAUUUUGCUGUUGAAACCACUCCACAAUGGAGUCUGUAUCAAUACCAUGUGGAUAUUUCUCCAGAGGAGGACAACACUGCUGUUCGUAGAGGUCUAUUGAGAGUACACAGCAAGACUCUUGGCGGAUACUUAUUUGAUGGGACAGCUUUGUACACCAUUAAAAGACUUCACCCUGAACCAUUGGAGCUAUAUUCUGAUCGCAAAACCGAUGGAGAACGGAUGAGAAUAAUGAUCAAACUGACAUGUGCGGUGAGCCCAGGUGAUUAUCACUAUCUACAAAUUUUUAACCUUAUCAUCCGCAAAUGCUUUCGCUUACUUCAAUUGCAACUUGUUGGAAGAGACUUCUUUAAUCCUGAAGCUAAGGUGGACAUCCCUGAGCAUAACCUGCAGAUUUGGCCUGGGUACAAAACAACUAUCAACCAGUACGAAGACAGGAUUUUAAUGGUUACAGAAAUAACUCAUAAGGUCUUACGUCUGGAUACAGUGCAACAAAUAUUAAGGGAAUAUAUUAAUACUAAGGGUGAUAAUUACAAGCAGUUAUUUGUGGAAGCUAUUACGGGCCAAAUUGUGAUGACGGAUUAUAACAAGAAAACUUACAGAGUUGAUGAUGUGGCAUGGAAUGUCACACCCAAUGCCACCUUUAGAAUGAGGGAUGGUGAUAUCUCUUACAUCGACUAUUAUUACAAGAAAUACAACAUUCGCAUUAACGACCUCCGGCAACCAAUGUUGAUAUCUCGGUCUAAGGCGCGCGAAGUCCGGGCCGGCAUGCCCGAGCUGGUGUAUCUGGUGCCGGAGCUGUGCCGCAUGACAGGCCUCUCCGACACCAUGAGAGCCAACUUCCAGCUCAUGAAGUCAUUGGCUGUUCACACCAAGGUCGGCCCAGAUGUGCGCAUCAGGAAACUACUCGAAUUUAACAGACGCUUCACUCAGACUAACGAAGUUGUUGCGGAAUUGGGCACUUGGGAUAUGAAGCUUUCCAAUAGGUUGCUGAGUGUGAAAGGGCGUCAGUUGCCCCCGGAGAACAUUGUGCAAGGCCACAACAUGAAAUAUCCCGCCGGUGAUACAACUGAUGGCUGGACCAGAGACAUGAGAUCAAAGCCUCUACUGUCGAUAGCAAACUUGCCAUCUUGGGUGGUGAUAACACCGAGCAGGCAGCAUCAGGACGCCACCAGCUUCGUCAAUAUGAUCAUGAAGACCGGCCAAGGCUGCGGCUUCCACAUGCCAAGACCUGAGAUCGUAACAAUAGAUCGCGACGGAUCAGUAGAAUAUGCAAAAAUGUGCGAGAAUGUAAUUGCAAAGAAAAAUCCCGCUUUGAUACUCUGCGUUCUAGCCAGAAACUCUGGAGACAGGUACGGAGCUAUCAAGAAAAAGUGCACCGUGGACCGCGCGGUGCCUACACAAGUGGUUUGUGCACGCAACAUGACCUCCAAAUCUGCCAUGUCUAUUGCAACCAAAAUAGCCAUUCAGAUUAAUUGCAAGCUCGGCGGCGCUCCCUGGACGGUGGAGAUUCCGUUGAACACACUGAUGGUGAUUGGUUACGAUGUAUGCCACGAUACGUUCACCAAGACGAAGAGUUUCGGCGCAUUCGUGGCGACACUGGAUCGUCAGAUGACACAGUACUAUUCCGCUGUCAACGCACACACUUCGGGCGAAGAACUCAGCGCACACAUUAGUUUCAAUAUCGCCUCAGCACUCAGGAAAUUUAGAGAGAAAAAUGGUACCCUGCCUUCCCGCAUUUUUAUUUACCGCGAUGGCGUUGGAGAUGGUCAAAUCCCAUAUGUUCAUGGACAUGAGGUUGCUGAAAUUAAAAAGAAACUCAAUGAGAUAUACGCCGGAGCUGAGGUUAAGAUGGCCUUCAUAAUUGUGUCGAAACGUAUCAAUACACGCAUCUUUCUGAAUAACGGCCGCGGAGAGAACCCGAGACCAGGAACAAUUAUUGACGAUGUUAUUACACUGCCUGAAAGAUAUGAUUUCUACCUGGUGUCUCAGAAUGUUCGAGAAGGUACAAUUUCUCCGACUUCAUACAAUGUUAUUGAAGAUACGACUGGCCUUGACCCAGACCGCCUCCAACGUCUGACGUACAAGAUGACGUACAUGUACUUCAACUGCUCGAACCAGGUGCGUGUACCCUCGGUGUGUCAAUACGCGCACAAGCUGGCCUUCCUCGCUGCCAACAGUCUGCACACACAGCCUCAUUACUCUCUCACAGAGACGUUGUACUUCCUCUAAUUUGCAGCAUCCACCAUAUUAUGACUACUAAUAAGUUUUUAGUAUACUUCUUUUCAAAUAUCUUGACGGCUCAAGGUCCAUAGUUCCGAGCCACCAAUAUAUAUGAAAACUUUGAUAAAAAUUGAUUACCCACCGGGUCUAUUAAUCUAUUUAGUAUAAGAUUACGGACAACAUGGUUGCUUUAUUUUUUAUUUUAUUUUUUUGUUGUACUGUACUAAACAACAUUAUCUAUAUGUAUUUAGGUUGGGUAGAUUACUAAAUCUUA